UGUUUACUUUUGACAGCUUUUGAAAUUAUGUAUAUUUAUUUUCCUUAAAAAUUUACAUAUUAAAUAAAUAAAAAUAGUAAUUGGAGUAUUUUUUUUAGCAUUAAUAAUAGUUACAGUAUUUAUAUCAAAAAAGCCGAAGAAAUAUAAGAAAAUUGCAAUUAAAUUGUAAUAAAAGUAUUUUUAUAGGUUAUGUUUCUAAAUUUAUUUUUCGUGAGCUAAAAUAAUAAUUCAGUAAUAUGGACGAAAUAAAAGAAUGUAAAGAUGAAAAAAUUGGUAAUAAUGAAAAUGUUAUGUCGGAAAAUAUUUCAUUGGAAAAUUCUCUAAAAACAGAAAUGCUGGAACAUUUAGUGAAAUCAAAGGCAUUUUUUAAAUCAGAACAAAAAAAUGAUCCAGAAUUAUCAUUUGAUGAGAAACGUAUUGUUGCUUUAAAUCUUUUAGAAAAAAAUCCAUCACAAUUUCUCGCGAGAUUUGGUUAUUAUUUAAAAAAAGAACAUUUGGAAUUAUUUACAAAAAUAAAUGACAAUUAUGAAAUUUCCUUUUAUAUUAAACAAUUGUUGAGAAAUUUUCAAUUAACAUCAAAAGGUAAAACAAAAUUGGAAAUUGAUGUGAAAAAUCGUCGAUAUGAAGCAUUAAAAUUACUUGUUGAAAAAGGUGAUUAUUUCAGUGAAAUUGAAAUGAUGAAAAGAAAUCCACUACUUUAUGAUCAUCUUGUGGGAAGAUAUUUAACUGAUGAUGAAAAAAAAAUACGCGACAAUAUUGAUACACAAAAUAUUACAUUUGUCAAUUUAUUAAUGGAAAAUAUUGAUCGUGAUAUUGUGAGAAAUUUUAAACGUGAUCAACAAAAUGCUGAGAAUGAAAUUGAAGAGGAAUAUGAUACCGAUGAGAAUAGUGAUGAUGAUGAAAAAAUUACAUCAACCAGAAUGAAAAAAGAAGAUGAAAAAAAAUGGGGCGAAAUGUCACAUCCAAAGGAUAUUUAUGAAGCCGAAGAAAAUGAAAGACAAAAAGAUUUAUUUUGGUAUCAUAUCUCAAGAAAUGAGCAACAAAUAUUGCGACAAGAAUUUAUUACAAAUAUGUAUCAAAGUUUUUUAGAUGGUCAUGAUAUUGAUUUUGAUUAUAGUACUGUUGAUGAAAAUGAAGCCUAUGAUAAUAUUGAAUUAAGAGGACAAGACGAAGAGGAAAAGUAUUUUGAUUCAGAAUCACCAGAAAUAAUUGUUAAUGAAAAACAAAUGGAUGAAGAUGAAUCUGAGGAUGAAUUAGACGCUUAUAUGAAGACUUUAAAGGAAAGUUCAACAAAUCAAGUUGAUGUGGAAACUGAUUUGAAAAUAAAAACUUAAAUUUACUUGUAAAUUUAUUAAAAUAAAAAUUAAUAUUUUUUAAC